AUAAAAUUCACUCCGAAAGAGAGAGAGAGCGCUUAUACGCGGGUGAAAAUUAUAAACCCUGAAUUUAUUUUUUCCUAACCGGCGUUCGCAGUUUCCCCCCUCUCUGCAAGUCGAGCUGCUCAAGUUCUGCCGCUUCUGGUUUGACAUUUCGUUCGAUCAAUCGAACCAGAGGUAGAGAACGAUGUCGGGUAUGGGAGACGGGUACGUGGGCACGGCCCAAGACGCGGUGAGGAUCCGGAGGCUCGAGAAGCAGAGAGAAGCCGAGAGGAGGAAAAUCCAGGAGCUCAAAAACAAGACUGCUUCUACCCAAGGCCAACCGGGUCUCCUCCAAUUCGGGUCCAGUACCUCCGAGAUUCUUGAGACUGCGUUCAAGAAGGAAACAGUUGGUCUGGUUACUAGGGAGGAAUAUGUUGAGAAGAGGGUUAAUAUUCGGACCAAAAUUGAAGAAGAAGAGAAGGAGAAACUUCAGAAGCUACAACAAGAGGAGGAGGAGCUUCAAGCACAAAAGAGGCAAAAGCGGAAGGUAAAGGGGAACCCCCGAUUAUCUUUCUCUGAAGAUAUUGAAAAUGGAAGUGAGGAGGAAGAUGAGGAUAACAAAAGUAGAGAACCAAAGAGGCUUGCACUUGGAAAGUUUGGCAAAGAUCCCACUGUAGAAACUAGCUUUUUGCCUGACAGUGAGAGGGAAGCAGAGGAACAAGCAGAGCGUGAAAGGCUGCGGAAACAGUGGCUUCGUGAGCAGGAACAGAUUCGAAACGAGCCUCUUGAAAUCACUUACAGUUACUGGGAUGGAGCAGGCCAUAGGAGGGUUCUCCAGCUUCGCAAAGGAGAUACAAUCGGAGAGUUUCUCCGGGCUGUUCAGCAGCAACUUGCCCCUGAGUUUCGAGAGAUUCGAACAACUUCAGUGGAGAACCUGCUUUAUGUAAAGGAAGAUCUUAUUAUUCCUCAUCAACACAGUUUCUAUGAGCUGAUUGUCAACAAGGCAAGGGGGAAAAGUGGGCCGCUUUUCCAUUUUGACGUGCACGAGGACGUGCGAACAAUUGCUGAUGCAACCAUUGAGAAGGACGAGUCCCAUGCUGGUAAAGUUGUUGAGAGACACUGGUAUGAAAAGAACAAGCACAUCUUCCCUGCUUCAAGAUGGGAGAUAUAUGAUCCAACAAGGAAGUGGGAGCGGUACACAAUCCAUGGGGAUUAAGUGACCAAAUGCAACAUGUCAUACACGCUUUUUUGUGCUUUUAUGAGCUGAAACCUUUGCCAUCAGCCGAGGAUUUACAUGUACUUGCUAUAGAAAUGCGAGCAUUUGUGACCAGCUUCAAGUAGCUAUUUAUGUGACGGUUUCCUAUGAAAUACCUUGCAUCAGGAGAACAUGUUGAGGCAAUUCCCCUUUCUUUUCUUUUCUUUUCUUUUUUUUAACCAUAUUAGUUUUGGCUGAACUGGAAUUUACUUCGUCACCUCAGAGUUGCUUGUAAUUUGGGCAUUGAAAGAGUAUUGGGUUUCAUUACUCAUGGAUGAUGGUCAAUGACUCAAUCUCAAUGCACCAUGUUCACCCCGCAUGGCUUAAGGCUUACUCAGUGGUUAAUUUCUUUUCAUUGCCAACUUAAUCUUGACGAUUAUUUUGUUAUGUAUUGAGCUCAUCGUAGUUUUAUCUGGAUUUUUGUUGCUAUCGAAAUUAGUAUGACCUCUGGUAAUGCAAUUCAGUGAUCAGAUUUGCUUGUUGACUU